AUGAGUACUCUGAGUUCUGAUGAGUCUCCUAAAGGGACAAGGAUUUUCACUGAAGAAGAAGAAGCCCUGGUGGUGAAGUCUUGGAACUCCAUGAAAGCCAAUUCUGGAGAAUGGGGUCUCAAAUUCUUUCUCAAGAUAUUCGAGAUUGCGCCAACUGCCAAGAAAAUGUUCUCAUUUCUUAGAGAGUCCACGGUUCCAGUGGAGCAGAACCCCAAGCUGAAAACUCAUGCAAAAUCUGUCUUUGUCAUGACAUGUGAAGCUGCUGUUCAACUCCGGAAAGCUGGGAAAGUUGUGGUCAGAGAAUCAACUCUGAAGAAAUUGGGUGCGACCCAUCUCAAAUACGGUGUUGUGGAUGAACAUUUUGAGGUGACAAAAUACGCUUUGUUGGAGACAAUUAAAGAAGCGGUUCCAGAAAUGUGGUCAACUGAGAUGAAAAAUGCAUGGGGUGAGGCCUUUGAUCAAUUGGUUGCUGCCAUCAAAUCCGAAAUGAAGCCUUGA